AUGAAGUCUCUCACCUCUCUACUGUCAUGUGCAGCUCUCAUGCAAUAUGCAGCCGCUCAAGGCGCAUAUCUAUUCACGAUCGACCGUUCUGUUGCCUCCUCCUCGACCGCAAUGCUUGAUUCAGAUUUGGCGAGUGCCAUUAUUGCUCGGAGGAGAGCUUUGACAGCCGAUCGACAUCUCGGCGCCAUGAGCGAGAACGCGUUGGAUGAUCUCAACAUAUAUGGUGGCUAUCAAGCACCCUUAUUCGGCGAAAGUCAGACCGAGGAAGCACCAGGCAAACUAUUCAUCAGGAUAUCAGAAGUCGACAUGCUUAUUGGCGACUUUGAUCAAUUGCCUGAUAUCUGGGUUGAAAAGCCUACCAAAGACCUCCUCACCGACUUCAAGGCAAUCCCCGAUCGCCAGACCAAGGACGGUGUCUGCGAGUAUCUUGUCCCUCCAAGUUUAAAUGCUCCGAACAGCAAAGGCGUCGAGCUCAUUUUCUCAUAUCCUCUCGAUGGCGAACCAGCAUGCCUUCGCGCCUCGGAGAUCCCUCACAUCCCCAUCAUCCUGUCCCUACAUAACUUUCUCCCCACCAGCCCAUCCGGAGUAAAGACUGGUCUUGCUGGUCUGAUUCGCAUCCUCAAGCACUUCUCAGCCACCCAAAACGUGGAGUCUACCCUUCUCCUCCUUCCUUCUAAACUCGCCAAACCAAACCCAAAACCUCAACACCAUAAUCAUGCCCGAGCCGCUCAAGACGCAGAGGAAGAACUCCUUGACCUGUCAUCGAUCGCACCGAUUCCCUCGGGGUCGUCCCCAUUUAUCACGCCACAAGCCACAGGCAAUGCCUCCGCGAACUUCACCCUGCCCCGGGUGAUUCCAGAGUGCUUUAGCUCCCAAUCAGCAUGUGAAAAUACCACCAAUUUCUGCUCCGGCCACGGGUCCUGCUAUUCGGCGCAUUCCAAGUGCUUCAAAUGCCGCUGUGGCACUACAUUGGCACGUGUGAACCCUGAUGGAACUUCCAAGACAACACAAUGGGGCGGACUGGCCUGCCAAAAGAAGGAUAUCAGCGUCCCCUUCAUUCUCUUCGCGACCUUCGGCGUCUUCAUGGCCGCCGUGAUCGCUGGCGGAAUCGGCAUGAUGUAUAGUAUGGGCGCAGAGCCAUUGCCUAGUGUGCUUGGUGCGGGUGUUGCUGGGCCCAAGGCUGGGAAAUAA